AUGCCCGAUAAUCGUCGAACGAGGCUGUACCGGCUGAGCGGGCACGCCGUCGGCGGCGUCAACUGGAGGCACACCCGAUUUGCCGAAGACGUCCCGCAGAUUCACGUGUGCUGCUUGUGCGGCACGAUUCCCGCGAGCACGGUGCUGCUUCCCUGCUCCCACCUGCUGUGCGAACCGUGCCGAGAAGGGAGCGCCGGACUGGGCACCGGCCCGUCGUGUCCUUUAGACCGGGAGCCCUUCGAUGUGCAAGAGUGUCACGUGGUACCCAUGCCCACCAGGAAGUCGAGCCACCUCAGGGCUCACUGCUGGAAUGAAGCCGCGGGCUGUGGGUUCGUGGGUUCUCUGGACGCUCUGUUGCUGCACUUCGAACGAGACUGCAGUUUUCACGUAAUCGAGUGCCCACGGUGUGACGUCACACUGCUGCACAAAGACCUACCCGAACACUGCGUCACCACUUGCCUAGCGGAGACCGCUUCUGCGAGCACGCAGCCACCACCUUCGCAGGAUCAAACGCUGGCCAGGCACGAAUUUAACGCUGCGGUGAGUGACUUCAAGACCCCGCUGAUCGACCACAACCAACUGGCCGUCAUGCAGUCUCAACUCAAAGAAAUCGUGGAACACUCGAAGAAGCAAGACGCGCAGGUGCUCGAAAUCGCCCGCUUGAUUGGUGAUUUAGAGCGAACGCUGAGAGAUGAACUGGCCCAACUUGUUGGCGGUGUGUCGUCGAUGUCGUCACUCUUGGAAAACCUACGCGACUCCUCGAAGGAGGAACGGUUUCCAAAAGAGCGCUGUGGAUUCUUCCUGUGA